AUGACGAUUACGGACUUCGACAGCAUCUUCCUCCACAUCGGCGGUUUCGGACGCUACCAGAUGCUCCUCUUCGCCGCCAACUGCCUCAUGUGCUCCAUCCUCGCCUUCGUCUACUUCGGCCAGUUCUUCAUGACCUUGACUCCCCCCCACUGGUGCCGCCCCCCGCAGGUCACGCAGCUCAACUUGACCCCGGCCGAGGUCAAGAGACUCACCGUUCCAGUUGACGCGCGGGGGGACUUCCUGCGCUGCGCCAGGUACCAGGUGGACUUCCGGCAGGUGGUUGAAAGCAACGACAGCUGGCCCAACACCAGCUGGCCGACCACCAACUGUACCAAUGGUUGGCAGUACGAUUAUUCGCUCUAUUAUCCCACAAUCACUUCGCAGCUGGACUGGGUGUGCGACCAGGACUGGAAACCCACGCUGGCCCAGUCCCUCUUCUUCGUCGGUUCUCUGGUCGGUUCCCCGGUGCUGGGCUGGGCUGCCGACUCCUGGGGGCGCCUGCCGGUCAUAGUGCUAACGAACGUGGUCGGGGGCGUGGCGGGGAUCUGCUCGGCCUUCUGCGCCUCCUUCGCCUCCUUCACCGUCUUCAGGUUCAUCGUCGGGAUGACUUACGACACGCACUACAACGCGGUUUAUAUCCUGCGUGAGUUGAUGCUCCCUGAGUCCGCCCGUUGGCUGCUUGGACAGGGUCGCGUGGAGGACACUGUGAGGAUAAUCCGAAGGGCAGCGAAGGUCAAUGGCAGGACGCUUUCACCGAGAGUCCUGCAGGAUCUACAGGACUUCGGCGAAAGGAGAAUGGAAGAGAACACAGAAACCGUGACAGUUUUGGACCUUGUAAAGACGCCCAUUCUCAGACGCCGCUUCCUCGUUCUCUGUCUCAUGUGGGUGACGGUGGGCAUCGCCUACGACGCCCACAUGCGCAACACGGCCAACAUCGGCCCCAGCGUCUUCUUCACCUUCACCCUCGCCGGCUUCGUGGAGCUCCCGGCGGACCUCCUGACGAUGCUCUUCAUGGAGAAGCUCGGGCGGCGCCACACCCUCGUCUGGACGGUGGUGGUGGCGGGCUGUCGUGCCUCGCCGUGCUGCUACCUGUGGGUGAGCGAGGACGCAGCCAUCAUGGUUCUGGCGAUGGUGGGGCGGUUCAUGAUCACCAUGGCCAUGAACGUGGGCAUGCAGUACCAGGUGGAGGUGCUGCCCACAGUCGCCCGUGGGCAGGGCAUGGCGUUCAUUCACACUGUGGGCUUCCUCGCUGCUUUCGUCUCGCCAUACAUCGUCUACUUGUCCAAAUUCGGCCACCUGGUCCCGUACACCAUCCUGGGCGUCGUGACCAUCGCGGGCGGGUUAGUGUGCGUCCUGCUGCCGGAGACGCUGGACCAGAAGCUCCCCGACAGCCUUCACGACGGAGAGACCUUCUUCAGCGACCAGACGUACUGCUAUAACCCUUGUGCUGAUUAUCCUCACCGUGUCCCGGAUGAUGAGAAGGAGGGACCGCCAGACGAACCGUUGGCAGACACGCCUCUUCAGGGAUACGCCGACAGCCACAUUUGAGAUAGAUUCCCUCGAGUUUUUUUUUUUUUUUUUUGAUGGCGGGAAAUUGUGAAUUUUUGCGCAUUUAGGUUUAUGUUGUGUACGUGUGUGUGCGUUUGUGUGAUUGUUUGUUUGUUGUGUGU